AACCCUCUGUACAAGGUUGCGGGCACGCCGUCACGAGCUCCUCAUGUGCCUCAGCUAAGAGGAAGUAACAGAUGGGAGGGUAAGGGGUCAAGAGAAAAGGCUUGUGAAAAACACCUGGUUCUAAUGUCUUGGUGAAACCAUUUCUGAAGAGACCACUGAGGAAAGGGCCAACUGACACCUGGUCCCCUAAGUUCUGAGGUACACAGAUUGGUCCCCAUGUGUCAACUGCCCCAGAACGCAUCUGUAAUCACAUGGUAUCUGACUUAGCCCUGGUACCUCCCUUUUACAAUGUCAGGGCCAAUAGGAUUGUGAAAAGUAAUGACUAAGACCUAUGGCUGGAGCCAAGUGCCUGAGUCAAGUAGAGGGUGGGGUUGUCUUAGUUACAGGAAGUAAGACUUUCAUUUCCUCUUCCAAGGGAAUGCAGAAGGAAUAGGUUUUGAGGUGGACUUUGGGAAGGCAGUUCUGCCAUGAGGCUUGCUGUGGUUUUCUUGACCUUCCUGGGUCUACUAGCAGCCCAGGGAACAGGGAAUGACUGUCCUCACAAAAAAUCUGCCACUCUACUGCCAUCCUUCACGGUGACACCUACAGCUACAGAAAGCACAGCAAGCACUACCACCAGCCAUGGACCUAUCACCACAACUCAUGGAAAUACCACGGUUCAUCCAACGAGCAACAGCACUGCUACCAGCCCAGGGCUCACAACUGCCACUCACAAUCCUUCCAAUACCACUAGUCAUGGAAAUACCACAGUUCAUCCCACUACAAGCAAUGGCACCAGUUCCCCCCACCCCGGACCACCUCCACCCACUCCAAGUCCUAGCCCAGGCUCUGAGGAGGCUGUUGGAAACUACACGUGGACUAAUGGAUCCCAGCCCUGUGUCCAGCUCCAAGCCCGGAUUCAGAUUCGAGUCCUGUAUCCCACACAAGAAGGAGGAGAGGCCUGGGGUAUCUCUGUACUGAACCCCAACAAAACCAAAGUCCACGGGGGCUGUGAGGGUGCCCAUCCACACCUGCUUCUCUUAUUCCCUUAUGGAUGGCUCAGCUUUGGAUUCAAGCAGGACCUGCAGCACAGCCAGAGUGUAGUCUAUCUCAACUAUAUGGCAGUGGAAUACAAUGUGUCCUUCCCCCAGGCAGCAAAGUGGACCUUCUGGGCUCAGAACUCAUCCCUUCGAGAUCUCCAAGCACCCCUGGGCCAGAGCUUCAGUUGCAGAAAUGCAAGCAUCGUUCUUUCUCCAGCUGUUCACCUUGACCUGCUCUCUCUGAGACUACAGGCUGCUCAGCUGCCCGACACAGGGGUCUUUGGACCAAGCUUCUCUUGCCCCAGUGACCAAUCCAUCUUGUUGCCUCUCAUCAUUGGUCUGAUCCUUCUCGGCCUCCUCACCUUGGUGCUUGUUGCCUUCUGCAUCGUCCGGAGACGCCCAUCCACCUACCAGCCACUCUGAGCAUUUGCCCCAACCCCCAGGGGCACUCUUCAUUAUGCACUGACUCAAAGUUACCUUUCUUCCCUGUCUUUCUUGAAGAACAAAGAAAUUUUUUUAAAUUAAAUACAACAGGUUUCCCUCCAGAAGAGCAGUAAAAGCUACUCAAAUCUUUGUGCUUGGUUUCCCUUGUCUUGCCAGGAUUAAAAGUCAUGAGUUUGUCACGUGCCUUUCUGUGCCUUCCCAUGGUUGAGUCACAGGGAACCAAAGACAGCUGGCAAGAAGGGAUGAAAUGUCAACUGCCCUCAUAGAUUCGCCCCCAAAACCUGGCAUAACUGGCAUAGAACCGGCCACAAUCCCCUUACUCCCAACUCCCUUCUUUAGUCCCUUCUGGGACCAAUGGUCCCCCCACACACACUCAGUGAAGCUGUUUGUACGUGCAGCUCCCUUCCCAACCCUCAUGUACAGUUACAGGGUACAGCAGAAAGCCAAAGCAGUAAGUAGGUGGCUAAGUGAUUUCACUCUGAAAGGCGGCAGUCAGUGGAUCCUGAGCAGUGAGAAUUCCCUACCCACUACAAAGCAUUGCAUUAACCACAGGUGCAAUGGGUACUCCACACACAAUUGUGCUGCUGGGCAGCAGCAGGCUCUGACCCCCAGUAUCUGGGAGGAGGGGUGGUGUCUCUGGGAGGCGAGAUUCUAAAGGGACUUCCAGCUGGCCACAGUCUGCACCACCACUGAGUGCAAGUCCUAACCUUCACCACAGAGCCAGGAUGAGCCUUCCAGCUCCCCGCUCCCAGGGUAGGAGCCCCAAGAAGGUAUAGAAAGCCUCCGAAGCCCGGAGCCCCGGCCCGCCGAGGUGCACGAGGCAGGGCCCAGCAGUCCGACCAUCGCAAAGCAGGCCACGGAGUGUGAUGGCCAGGCGCAACUCCACCGUGAUGCGCAGCGUUCCCACCAGCAGCCCAAAUUGUCCUUUCCCAAGCAGAUUCUGGGCCCACUCAGCUUUGUGGAAGUUCUGGCCCAGCACGUGACGCGCCUUGGGGUAAUGGGGUGAGAAAGGAGUCUGCCCAAGAGAAACUGCAAGCUCUACGACCCAUAUGGUGGGUCAGGGGCUGCUGUCCUGCAGCUGAGCUCGCGUCCCUCAUCUCCACUGUCCUGUAGUCGCUGGUGGGCUUCCUCCUUCGCCAGAGGAGGGCGAAGCAUGGGGUGGGAGGGCUGUCCGGCACAGCCUAACCUGCUCCUGCCUAUGCCAUUCCUUCUGGAGACCCCAAGAGAAGGGGAGCUAAGGGAGCGCCCCCACCAACGCCAUUUUGGAGACUCACACUUCUUUUCUCUUAACUUCGAACAAUACAAACUUGGCUGGGAGAAGACAAGAUGGCGCAUAGCAGGCGGGGCGGAGAAAGAGGGAUAAAUCUUGCUGCCCAGCUGAAGCAUAAACAAAAGCGCGGAAGGUCUAAGUGCGCAGGCGUACAGCUCUGGCACCUUUUAAAAUUCGAAGGGCAGGGGCAAACGAAAUGCGGGCUUUCUACGAGACCUAUUUUACGCUCCUGAAACUGGGAUGGCG